GAUGCGGAACGUUUCGAGCACCAGGUCCACAAAUCGCAGGUGGAGAAAAAGCAACCCACGUACCUUGGCACAUUGCAAUCUAUGAAAAUCGACAAAAUACCGGCAUUACACCUAUCUGUGGGGCAUCUCUUGUCAGCCCACGUUGGGCUAUUACAGCCGCUCACUGUUUUUCCUACGUGCAGAUACGUUCUCCAAUAAAUCCUGAUAGAUUUCAAGCUGCUGCGGCGAAGUACCGUUCAGACUGGAACUUCCAGGAAAGUUUUGCACAAAGGAGCAAGAUUCUGGAUAUAAAGAUUCCCCAAAAUUACUACGGUGACUGGAAUAAAUACCAAAGUGACAUUGCUCUAAUUAACGUUAACUUUGAGUUGAGUGAGUUCGUCCAGCCAGUGUGCAUCCGUUGGGAUAAAUCAAGUGCCCCCUCUGAUGUGUGGGUCAGUGGCUGGAGCAAAAACGAGUUGGACGAAUCUGGCAAAGAACUCCAAAUCAUGGAAGCAGAAGUCGUUAACAACACAGUUGUUGAGGAUGAAGGGACAAAAUUGCUGCCAUACCUUGGGCAUGGGAAAUUUCCUGCCAGAGGCAAAAGGGGAGCCACUACAGUUGAAGGGGACAGUGGAGGUGGAGUAGUAGUCCGUGACGGCACUACUUGGACGCUGGUGGGCGUCGUCAGUGUUGGAAAUCCAGACACCAUCGUUACAAACUUCUCAAUCUUCACAAGUUUGGGUUUUGAGCGGAGUUUCGUCACGUCGAUCAUCAAAGCAGAUUUGCCCUGUGGCUGUUUCACAGGCCUUGAAAAGAGCCUCAGCGGUGGUCCUAGGUAAGUCGGGCUCAAUGCUUAUCGACCCUUUUUAUAACUUUUCAAAUGUUGAAUCUGGUUUUUUUUUGUUCAAACUGUUUGCUCUCGUGUCCACAACACCACUUUUAAGACAAAAAACAAUGUA